AUGCCUAAGAGAGUGGUCGAGUCAGUCUAUGGAUCACCCUGGCCUCCUCUAGAUGACAGGACGUCUUCGCUACGCAGCCUAGACCAAGCCUGUGGCUGGCUGACAUCAUGCUGUGUCCAGCAUCCAUCAUGCAGCGCACUAUCUAAAUCUGAGCAAUGGCUCCCCACACGUUUGAUAGACAUUGGGUCAGAGGGUGAUGACUCGUGGAAGCUUCGUGUCGUUGCUGAAGACGGCUUGCAUACGCCCGCCCCCUACAUUGCCCUCAGUUAUCGUUGGGGAGCAGAGCCAAGCAUCAUGCUCCUCAAGUCAAACAUGGACGAAUUUCGUCGCGGACAGUACAUUACCGACUUUCCACAGACCUUCCAAGACCUCGUAACUGUUGCACGACACUUCUCUGUUCGAUAUGUCUGGAUCGAUGCCCUCUGCAUAAUUCAAGACUCGUCUCAAGACUGGGUAUCCGAGUCUGCCACAAUGAGAUACGUCUACGCAAAUUCCCUCUGCACUAUCGCUGCCUCGGCGUCUUCGAGUCCCGAGGGAGGGCUGUUCCGUUCACGACAGCCCGAACAAGCGCGCCCUGCCGUCGUAAAAAUCGCCUUUGGGGACAAGGCUCCCGAGGACUUUUACAUCUGGGACUCGGAAUAUUGGCUAAGCCACUUUGGCAGAAGUGAACUACACUCAAGAGGAUGGAUCUUCCAAGAGCGCUUUCUGUCCCCACGGGUCCUUUCCUUUGGACACGAUCAAAUAAUGUGGGAGUGCAUGACGGACCACAAGUGCGAAGGUUUUCCGGGUGGUGUUCCAAGUCACGAAUCUGAGAAGAGCUAUUAUCCACUUUCGAAACUGAGAGCUCCGAGACAAGACGACCAAAGGCCUUUAUUCUCAGAAAGGACGUUUCAGACCUGGAUAAGCUUGGCUGAGGGCUAUUCUAAAUGCUCCCUAACUAAGCCUACUGAUAAGCUUGUUGCAUUUGCAGGAAUAGCAAAACUCUUCCAAGAGAAUACUGGCGACGAGUAUGUCGCCGGUCUCUGGAAGUCCCGGCUAGUCCAAAUGCUCGACUGGACAGUAACCACGCCGGGGCCGGGCGCCGUUGACUAUUUGGCACCCUCCUGGUCUUGGGCACCGGUGCAAAGUUCCAUCAAGAUAGAGUAUAGACCAACAGUAUGGCCUAAUGUCAACCUCGUGUCCGUCAGGGCAAUCGAAUCCAUAAAUCGAGAAGCGGAUCCCACAGUCGGAGGUUUUGAUCGAAUCUUUAAAGACGAGGACGUUGGCAAGACAAUCUUUGAAGAAGAGGGUUUUGACCAGGCAAUCUUUGGUAUUAAAGCCCAGUUCUCAGACAUCAGUAUUGUGUGA